AUACAAGGGUCGAUCUCUUAUGAUCAAAUUAGGGCUUUGAGUAAAUUAUGGAGCCAAAAGAAAAGAAGAAGAAGAGGAAAACACGCUACCGAAAGGGAAGAACACAAUCGAUUCCUACCGACCUAACCAUAGAGAUACUCUCAAGGCUUCCUGAGAAAUCUGUUGCUAGGUUCAGUUGUGUGUCCAAGCUCUGGUCAUCAAUCACCUCCGACCCAUCUUUCCCACGGCCGCGCCUUCUACUCUGUUUCCAAAAAUAUGACGACUCGGACUUGUAUGUUUCCUCUAUUCCACAGCAUACUCGGAACUCAAACAACAGGUCCUACUCUUCUUCUCUGUCUUUUGAUCAUCAUCAUAUGAUGAAACUCCCAAGUUGUUAUAAUCUGUUCUCAUCUAAGGAAUCUGUCCAUGGCUUGAUCUGCUUUCAAAAAUCAGAAAACCCCAUAGUCUGGAACCCUAGCACGAGACAGUUCAUAGCUUUACCAAUUUUACCAAUACCAUGUAAGGACUGGAAAAAGACAACACUGUUGUUAGGAUAUGAUCCCAUUGAAGGUAAACACAAAGUAGUGUGCCUUCCCUUUAAAAGGACUUGUUAUGUGUGUCGAGUUUUUAAAUUGGGAUCAGGUCAAAAAUCAUGGAGAAAUGUCAAAACUAAUAUUCAGCAUCGUCCCACCAGUGAUACAUAUGAGCGAUACAUCGAGGGUGUGAUAUAUUAUCUAGCAUCUAGUGUUGUAAUGAGCUUUGAUGUCAGAUCUGAAAAGUUCGAUAUGAUAAAACUACCUUCGGGAUACUUUUCGGGACUGCUGAUAACAUAUAAGGGAAGGUUGGCUUUUUUUAGUAGAAUGAGUUAUACAACAAAUCAUAGAAAAUUAUGGAUUUUGGAGGAUGCACAGAAACACAUAUGGUCGGGACAAGACUUUCUUUUACCUUUUGCUGAUUUAGAUUAUCUGAGUUUCAAACUAACAGGUUUCACUCAUGCUGGCGAGUUUAUUUUUGUACCAACAAGGCGUAGCCAAUCGUCUCAUAUUUUACUAUACGAUCCGGUGAGAAACAGCUGGAGAAAAUUUGAAUUUAAGGGAUUAGCAGACAAGGUAUCUCUCCAUAAUGAACACCGACCUUAUGCGCUCCAUGUUUUCCCGAAUCACAUUGAUAGUCAAGUGUCUUUGUAACAGUUUACUGCUGUUUUCGUUUUCCUUUGAAUGAUAUUCUUAUGCAACUUUGGCUCUUAACGUCUCUACAAAAUGUGAUUAAAUC